UAUGUAUGUGUGUUCAGAAAAGAAAGGGAAUUUUCAUUAAGGAUCGAAAAAUUUCCUCAAGAUUUUUUGGUCAGUUAGUCAAAUAAAUAAGUAGAAUAAUAAACAAGCUAACAAGUCAGUUAACAAAUAAACUAACAGACAAGUCAGCAGAUGAACAUGGAUAGGCUGAAUUCAUUUUAAAAAAAUAUUUCUCAUUACCCAGUCAAAGGACCAUGCCAGCCCUGGGCUUAAAAUAACAAUAAUCAUAAGAUUAAACAUAAUAAUGAACAUACAAAUGAAGAAGACUGUUUGUAUAUGAACUAGGAGAAUUGUACACACACGAAGUCAAUAUGAUUAGAUAAUAAAUAAAGUAUAUAUGACGAUCUACACACGUAUAUCAUAUAUAACUUUAGAAAAGAGGGAAAUAUUUGAUAAUGUGACAAUAUCUUAGAUUAUAAGACUCAAAUAUCAAAUAUAUAUUCUCUAUAUAAAUAAAUAUAUACAUAUAUAAGUUGAAAAAAUGUCUUAUAAUUCUGGCAAAAGUUCCCCAAUGACAUUAAUUAAAUUACAACAACCACACUCUUGGAUUAUUUCAUCAAGACAGAAUUACUUUUGAAAGAAAAAACAUUUGCAAACAACCGUCCACAUUAAUCUUUUUCUUUUUCUUUACUAUAUUUAUCACUAAUUAUUGUUACCGAUGAUGUAAUCAAAAAAAAAUUUAAUCACUGAAUGUAAACAAUCUUCCAAAUAAAUAAAAAAAUAAUAAAUCAACCGGUUUAAUUAAGAUAAUUGAGAUAUUUACAGAUGCGGAAUGUAUUUUGUAUACUUUGUACUAUUUAUGUGUGCAUAGAAAUAUUUACAUCGUAUAUUAGUUGUGUAGAGUCUGAUACUGAUGAAAAUGAUGAUGAACCGAGUGUUUACACACUAUCUGAUGAGAAACGUUUAAUUAAACGUUUAUUAAACAAAUAUCAAGCUGCAGGAAUAACCGGUCGUCCAGUAAAGCAUACAUCGGAAAAAGUUCUUGUGGAAAUGUCACUUUCAUUAAUACAAAUAUUGGAUUUAGAUGAAAAAAACCAAGUAUUAACUACAAGUGUAUGGUUAAAUUAUCGCUGGACCGAUCAUAUUCUGAAAUGGAAUCCAGACAAUUAUUCACAAAUUCAAGAAGUCCGUGUUCCAUAUAAACACAUUUGGACACCGGAUAUUGUAUUAUAUAACUACGCCGAUGAACGAUUAAAAGAAAUGCGUGAUGCUAUGGUUAUCGUACAACAUACUGGAGAAUUAACCUGGAUUCCACCUGCAAUUUUUAAAUCUUCAUGUAAAAUAGAUAUAAAAUCGUUUCCAUUUGAUGAACAAACAUGUCAUUUGAAAUUUGGAUCUUGGACAUAUGAUGGAAAUAAAUUAGAUGUUUCUUUUAUUAAUAAUGAAGCACAAGUUCUGUUAAGUGAUUAUACAGAAAGUAAUGAAUGGGAAGUAAUUGCACGUCCAGCUUUAAGGAAUGUAAAAUCAUAUCCUUGUUGUCCAGAAUUUUAUCCUGAUUUAACUUUCUUUCUAUUCCUAAGAAGGAAUGCUGCAUUCUUUUCAUACAUUUUGGUUCUACCAUGUGUGUUACUGGCAUCAUUGACACUUGUCAUUUUCUGGUUACCUCCAGAAUCACCUGCAAAGAUGGUUCUUGGAAUGAACAUAUUUGUGGCCUUCUUUUUAUUGUUGUUAUUACUGGCCGAUUCUACACCACAAGCCUCAAACAGUGUUCCUUAUAUUGGUUAUUACUACUGUUUGAACAUGAUUUUGAUCACAUUAUCUUCUUUUCUCUCUGUAUUUGUGAUUAAUCUGUAUUUCCGUGGUGAUAAAAGAAAUAGGGUGCCACAGUGCUUGCGAAGGUUAUGUCACAUUCUGAAUGGUGUUUGUGAUGGUAAAUGCAGCUGUAAAGAAGGUGAUCAAAAUACACCUUUAGAUGUUGUUGUCAGUAAUUCAAAUUCUACAACAGUCAACCAAAAUAAAAACGAUUAUUCAUCACAAAUGGUACAAAUGAAGUCAGCAUUAGUUAAUUCAAACAACGAACAACAAGAUAUAUCAGGUUAUACUGGAUCUGUUAUUGGAAUGAAGCGUUCUAAAAAGGGUAAAGCACGUUUUGCUAUGGUACAAGAGAAUAAUGGAUUAAAAACUUUAAUUGUAGAUAAUUAUGAUUAUGAUACUGAUACUACUGAACAUAAACGAUAUCGACCGAAUCAGCGUCAUUGUGAAACACAAACUGAAACGGAUAACUUUAAUAAAGAAUCAAAUUCACAACAACUCAUGGGAUCAUGUCAAUGUCAUUCAAAGUUAUCAAAAAUACGCAGUCGUUCAUUAACUCCAUCAAAAUUUAAUGAUUGUGAUAUAUUAGGUAAUUCUCAACAACCUUGUACAUGUUGUCAAUAUUAUUAUCGAUCAUAUGCACCAGCAACUCAUUGUACUGUUUGUACUCCAUUACCAGUUAUAAAUACUUCCACAAAUUCAAGAAUAUUAAAUCCAAAAAUACAAAGUUCAAAACAUGGAAAACAUCCUGAAAAUUGUAAUGUUUGUAAACAACAUCUUAAUGCAUUAAUGUUUAAAACACAUCCUAAUGAUUAUUUUUCUAUAAAUCGUCAUUCAAUAACUAAUUCAUCUAUACCAUUUGAUAGUAAUUCAUUAUGUUCACAUAUUAGAUAUGAAUAUCGUAAUAGUAGACCUGCACUUAUAUCACCACAUGGACGUAAUUAUUUAAAUUCUAAUGAAUUAACUACUAAUCAUACAAAUUUACAAUUAAAAUCAUCUACAUUAGUUAAAACUACAUCAUAUUUAUCUAAUAAUAAUCCAUUAAUUACUAACUCAACUAUAACAAAUAUGAAUUCGGAUAAAACAACAAUACAACAUUUACAAUUAUCAUCAACAUUAUUAAUAUUAAUGAAAAAUAUAGAAAAUGAAGUAAAUGAUAUACGUUCAAUUGUUAAAUUAUUUUUAUCAAGAAUCGAUAAGAAAGAUACAGAAAAUAUUAUUAUAAAAGAAUGGCGUAUGAUAGCUAUUGUUAUGGAUAGAAUAUUUUUUAUAUGUUAUUUAAUUAUACAUUUAUGUGCAGCAUUUGGUUUAUUAAUACCACGUUCAUCUGAAUAUAACGUUGUAGAAUUCCUACGUGAAUAUCGAUUAAAAAAUUAUAAUUCAACAUUUUUUGAAAAUGAAACAAUUACAAUAAAUAAUUAUCAAAUGAAAACAACUGAAUUACCUAAUAAUAAUAACAAUAAUCAAUUUAUGGAUACAAUAGAAAUCAAUAAACAAUUAAAUAACUUAGAUACUAAAAAAUCGAUAAAUUUAGAUAUAAUAAAUAAUGAAAAAACCAUUUUAAUUAAUGAAAAUAAACAUAAAUAUGAUAUGACAAAUUCAUUAGAUAAUAUGAAUAAUUAUUUGUCACCUUAUCAACGAUUAGUUGAUCAACAAUCAAAUAUAUUAAAACAAUAUACUGAAGAAAAUAUUAUUGAUAAUGAUCUAAUUUUACGUAAAUCAGAUCAAUUAAAAAAUCAAUUAAACAAAAGAACUAAUGAUCAUGAAUUAAAAAAAUCUAAUUAAAAAUAUAAAUUGUAUGUUAUAUUAUGAAAUAAAGUUGUGUCAAUGUUUACUCAGGAAAUUAAUGAAGAUACAAACAAUAUAAAAAGGAAUUGUACUCACACAAAUUAAUUCCUCAUUACAAAAAUUCUUAUUUCAUUUCUUUCAAAUGAAAUGAAAGUUUAUUUGUUUGUUUGUUUUUGUUCUUUUGAAAUUGUAUCUUUGUAUACAUUUAAAUAAUAAAUGAUCCACUUUCAAUAUCAUUGUAUUAUUGCCAAUAUUCAACUGCUCAUAUCUAACUAAAAAUACAUUUUAUUCUAUAUGGAAUAUUUACAAAAUCAUAAUUUAUAUUACCGUUAAUUUAUAAUUAUAUACACACUGAAUAAAAAUUGUUUAUUUUUAGGAUAACUUACAAUAAAUAAGGUUGUGAACAAGAAAAUAUUCAAUUUAUUACACCUUUUAUAUCAUAAAUAGAAUUUAUUGAAAAGAAAAAAAAAGAGAAAAAAAGAAAGAAAGAAAAUGUUUUGUGAAACAUUUUCUUCUGAAAUUAUCCUUAUUCUAUUAUUCUUAUGCUUAUUUAUUGAUUUAUUUAUUUACUUUUUAGUGAAAUGUAAUUUGGUUAUGAAAAACAAAGUUUUUGUUUCUGGUGAAUCAAAACAUGCGGUUGUGCUCUUUUGUUUCUUUUUAUUUAUCUUUUUUUUUGUUUCAGUAAUAUUGAAUAUUGAAAUUUUCAUUCUUUAGAAGGAGUUUAUUAAGUAAUUCUUCUUAGUUUUGUCAUUCGUUUUUAUACUGUUUAUAUAUCUAUAUUACUUCGUGUAAUCUGUUAUGUAAUAUUUAACACAUAUCUUUAAACAUCCAAAUGAAUUUACUAAAAUACCAUGAUACAACUGAUACAUUUACAAAACAUAUUCAACAUGCUUAAUUUAUUAAAAAAACAAAUGAAAAAUCACAAUAAUAUUUUGACUUCCUUAUUCUGAUUCUUUUCAUGUAUAACGUCUAUAAUGUAGACAAAAUUGAUAUAGAUAGGUUUGAUACUAUUACAACUACUGAUAUAGAUUAUUUCAGUAGUAUGUUAUUCUGCGGAGAAAAUGGAUGAAACAAUGAUAUUUUCAACAAUCUAUGAUGAAAAAAGAUUAACUAUCAAUUCACAUAUUAACCAAACUAUUUAGAAAAUGUAAUUAUUCUCUAUAACAUUUAUUAUGUUUUGGUGGGUUUUUUUUAAAAAUUAUUUAUUUUUAAUGAUAGGAAUUCAGUUUGCAUUGACAUAAAUAGAGAAACACGGUAAAAAAGAAAGAUUACUAAUUCUUGCUAAAUUAGAACUGAGUGUACUUUUUAGACAACAUAGAAAAUUCUUGAAAAAGAAAAUAAUAAUCAA